AUUAUUUCAUCUUCGGAGCAUCUGUAUAUUUAAUUCUGUCUUUUGUAAAUAAGACAGCUGUGUUUUAAAUAAGCUGUGUUUUCUAAUUUGCAACAGAGACUAUACUACAAAAGUGUUCAAGAAGAUACAGAGAGCACUGGAAGAAUCUCAACCCCUCUCUCUGUUUUUUUUUCUACAGACAAUAAAUUAUUAACCCCAACCCCAACAGUAGACUGAACUUCAGGAAUUAGCUUUCUCUACUCGCUUCCUGCCUUUGACUGACCCACUUCUAUUUUAACAUUUCAGUAGGAUUUCUUAUUGUCUCACCCUUCUCAUUCAGUUCACCCCGAGCCUCCACGUCUCCUUGUCUGUGAGUUUCUGUUCACGUCGCAGGGAAGGCAGCUUGCGGAUUCGGUAAAGGUGACGGAAGACACCACUACAGUCUCUAGAGGUCACAGAGAAUGGUGCGAGAAAGAAACAACCAAUGAGCUGCUGUUCUGUGAGUGAAAAAGAGAUCAGAGAGGUCGGAGGAGAAUGGCCAGACUGCUUGAAGCUGACAGGAAGAUGGACUGUGGAAUGUGGAAGGGGCCCACAGCGACUGCUUACAGGCCAGCGAGAGCUGCAUCAAUGACCCCAAGUGCAGCUCCAAGUACAGGACAUUCCGCCAAUGCAUGGCUGGCAGCAGUGCAGCUCCUCUGGGUCCCGGUGCCAAGAACCAGUGCAUGAGUGCGGUGGUGUCGCUUCUCUCCAGCCCCCUGCACAACUGCAAGUGCAAGCGAGGCAUGAAGAAGGAGAAGAACUGCCUCGGGAUCUACUGGAGCCUCCAUCAGAGCAUGACACAAGGAGAGGAGACAGCCGACAGUUCCCCCUAUGAGCCCAGCAAGAGAGGGUAUGACUACGCCAGACUGGCCUCCAUAACAGCAGGGUCUGAUGUCGGCGUCACACGGGCCAACCGUUGCCUGGACGCGGCCAAAGCCUGCAACGUGGACGAGUCGUGCCAAAGGCUGCGGACGGAAUACGUCUCCUCCUGCAUCAAGCGCUCCAGCAAGUCCGAGACCUGCAACCACCUCAAGUGCCACAAAGUCCUGCGCAAGUUCUUCGACCGCGUCCCCGUCGAGUUCACGCACGAGCUGCUGUUCUGCCCCUGCGAGGACACGGCGUGCGCCGAGCGCAGGAGGCAGACCAUCGUCCCGUCCUGUUCCUACUACGUGAAGGAGAAGCAGAACUGCCUGUCGCUGCUGGAGUCGUGCAAAGUCAAUGUUGUCUGCAGAUCACGACUAGCAGAGUUCCAAACCCGCUGUCAGCCUUCAGCACAGUCUGUGAGUGGUUGUCUCAGGGAGAACUAUGCCGCAUGUCUGCUCUCGUAUACUGGGAUUAUAGGUACUGUGAUUACCCCAAACUACAUUGAUAACUCAAGCUCGAAUGUGGCGCCCUGGUGUACUUGCAGUGGGAGCGGAAACCAGAGAGAGGACUGUGAGAGCUUCCUGAGUCUCUUCACCGAUAACAUCUGCCUCAAGAAUGCAUUUCAAGCAUUUGGAAAUGGGACAGACCUUAACACAGGCUCCAGUGUGCAUCACUCCACGUCACAGACCUGGGGGAACAGACACAUAAACAGCACGGAGCCUUCACACCAGGAGGAAAAUGCGUUCAGUUCAGCACUACCCACACAGUCGGCCGACGAGCGGUUGCUGUGGAAGGAGUCGAACCCCAGCCGGGAGGCCUCCGAGGCCCGGGGCCUGGCAGAGGCCUUGCGCAGCGACUCCCGGCUGCUCUGGAGCCUGCUGCCAGCGGCGCUCCUCUUCCAGCCCACGAUGUGAAGCCGGUGGAGGGCCCAGGCCGCGACACAACGCUCCCGAUCCCAACUCAUCCCAUCCAUCCCCGGAACUCGCACCAGUAGGACCGUCUCCACCAUCGCCGCCCGCUCCUACACUCACCCCGCACCGGGGACCAGCAGAACAUUUGACACGGAAAAAAAAGGGGCACGAAAGGUUUGUGCAGCGUCGUCAAGGGUAUAUAAACACGGACACACGCUCGCACCGGACAACUGGACAUCGCAUCUCAACCGGAGAAAAGCAAAUCAGCCGCACACAAGCCCAGUAAGCCAUUCAGCGACGCACAUUCUCUCCGGGGGAACCAUUUUAGUGCCGCGCAUUUCUUCUCGGGGAACUCAUUCAGCGACGCACAUUAUUUUCGGGGAAGCCAAUUAAUGACGCACGUUGCUAGGAUACGGGACCUCCAUCAGCAACAAGGGUGGCGCCUUGUCUCCUUCAAGUAAGGAUCUUCGAUCUCCUUUACACUACUUUCAAAGACAAUUCCGAAAAUCAUUACUAAAAUACAGUUUAAUAAGCUUCUGUGCCCAUGUUGUGAUGUUCAAGGUCGGAUUUCACUAAUGCAUUAUAAAUAGUUGUAAAGUAUAGAGAAUGAAUUUAAACGCCUUAUUACCCGAGUUUGGUAUUAAGGGUCUAUUGCAUUAAAUGGAAGCUUGGUGCAUUUUUAAACAAUUGCCAUUUAAUUCCACUAUUUUAAGGGUUAACAGCUAAUUCUCCAACCGGGGGGAAAUUGGUAGGCAGUCGGUACCCCCACGCCCUUUGUCAGCAUUGGUGCACAUUCGGGAUUUCCUCGCAAAUCGCCAGCCCAUCAUCUUCAGAAAGACCUCAUCCAUCUUCUCACUCUGAAAAUACAGCAUCCCAAAGAGAGAUAAGCGUGGAAAGUGCUGGGAAAACUCAGCAGGUUAGACAACAUUUGUAGAAAGAGAAACAAUCAAUAUUUCAAGUCUGGGUGUCUUUCCACAGAUAUUGCCCUACCCGCUGAGUAUUUCCGGCUUUUUUUCUGUGCUUGUUGCAAAAUUGCAACAUAUGCAUGGCUUUUUUUUAAAGUCCCAAAGAAAGAUUAUACUUUCAUUUUGGAUAUUUUUAGUAAUAAUGAUAAUUCCUCAUUUUGUUAAAAAAGUUGUUUAGAUUUGCAAUUAUGUUCAGUUAAAAGUUAAACCAAAUAGCUUUAGAGUUCCCAAAUACAUAAGAAAAAUUGUUCAGAUCCUUUUUUUUUUCAUUGUGCAGUAGUGCUAUGGGAACUAAUUCCAGUGUUGCAGGUUUGAUCCUGGUCCCUGUGCUCUCUAUGUGAAGUUUUCACGUUCUUCCUGUGAUCAGACCAUAAGAUACAGAAGCAAGGUUGGAUAAUCCAGCUACAACCACACUCUCAGUUAGUGAAAUCCAGGUAGAAGGAUGUGAAGGAUGUCCUUCACUCUCUGUGUGAAGGACUCCCUUAUAUUCCCUCUAAUCUCUUUCCCCUUGUCAGACCAUAAAAUACAGGAACAGAAUUAGGCCAUGUGGACCAUCAAGCCAUUUCCAGCAUUUAAUUAUAGAUGAUAUUUUGCAACCCCAUCCUCCCACUUUCUUCCCUGUAAGUCGUGGUUCCUUAAUUAGUAAGGGAGUUAUGAAUCUUUUCCUUCAAUACACCCAAUGAUUUGGCCACCACAGCCCUCUGUGGUAUCAAAUUCCACCGAUCAGUACCCUGUGGCUGAAGAAAUUCUUCCUCCUAUCAGUUUUAAAUGUAUUCCUUUUAUUCUGGGACUGUUCCCUCAGGUCUUGGACUCUUUGUCUGAAGAAUGUGAUCACAUUCACACUCUCCAGGCAUUUCAGUAUUGGGUGGGGUUCCAUGAUAAUCAAAUCCCAUCCUUCUGAAAACCAUUGAGUACACGUCCAGAUACAUCAAACACUCCUCCUCCAGGCUUUUCAUUCCUGUAAUCAUUCUUGUGAACCUCCUCUGGACCCUUUCCAGGGCCUGCACAACUUACCUGAGACAUGUUGCCCAAAGUUGCUCAUAAUAUUCCAAAUGAGGUCUAACUAACUCCUUUAUAAAGUAUUAGUAAUACGUACUUGCUUUUGUGUUCUAGUCCUCUUGAAAUGAAAGCUAACUCUGCAUUUGCUGUCUGUGGCAUAGACUCAAUUAGUGGGUUUUUGUUGGGUGUUCUGGUUUCCUCCAACACCCUAAAGAUAUGCUGGAAACAGUAAAAUUGCCCUUGAUUGUGUAGGUGGGUGGGAGAAGAACUGAGUAGGGGAGUUGAUGGGUUGAUGGGCAUGUGAGAAGGAAUACAUUGUAGUGAAAUGGGAUUGCUCGGAGGGCCAGGAUGCAUUUGAUAGUUUAAAUGAUGGCCUACUGACUAGGAAGAGAAUAUGGAACAAACAAUGAAAAGUAAAUUCACAUUUGUCUAUGAAGUUUUAGUUAAUAUUCUUGUACUUAUCUCCUGACUGGUUCUGCUCCUUCACGCCACUUAGACCCAAAAUUAUUUAAUACUUUAUACAAAUCUCUCCAUGAUGUGUUUGUGCUAAUAUAUCAUAACUCUCGAAACUCUGGGCAGGUCCCGGCAGAUAGGAAGAUAGCAAAUGUCAAGCCACUAUUUAAUGUAGGCUAAAGGCCUACAAUGGGCCAGUUAGCUUAAUGUCUGUAGACAGGAAAAGGCUUGAAGGUAUUGUUAAGGAAGAAAUAGUGAGUCAUCUAGAUAGAUGUGGUUUCAACAGGCAGUCAAAGCAUAGAUUCAUAAAGGGCAGGUCCCGGUUUGACAAACUUACUGGACUUCUUUGAGGAUAUAAUGAACACUGGAUAGAGGGGGAGCAGGUGGAUGCUGUAUACUUGGAUUUUCAGAAGGUGUAUGAUAAAGUGCUGCAUAAAAAGCUUUUUCAUAAGAUAAGGAUGAAAGGAGUUGGGGGUAAUUUAUUAACAUGGGUAGGAGAUUGAUUAUCCACUGGAAUGCAGAUGGGAUAAAUAAGAUUCCUCUGGUUGGCGAUCAGUGCUGAGCAGAGUGCCGCAGGGGUCAGUGCUGGGGUCGCAAUUGUUCACAAUAUAGAUUAACAAUUUGGAAGAGGGGACAGAGUAAAAAGUGUGUGUCUAAGCUUACUGGUAGCACUAAACUGAGUAGGAAAAGCAAGUUAUACAGAGGAUGCAGAGUAAAUCCCCUUGCUGCCCAAAAGAAAAUUUAUGCAGAGGAAAAAUGAAAUUGCUGUAUUUUGUUAUUUAGUGGCUAAAUUUUACAAAUUUAAAAAAUUCUGAUUCCUGCCAAUGGGAUUACGGGAAUACCUUCACGAUACAUAAUGGUUCAGCUGAGUCAUAAUCUCCUGAAAGUAAACCAUAUAACAAUUACAGCACAGAAACAGGCCAUCUCGGCCCUUCUAGUCCAUGCCGAACGCUUACUCUCACCUAGUCCCACCAACCUGCACUCAGCCCAUAACCCUCCAUUCCUUUCUUGUCCAUAUACCUAUCCAAUUUUACUUUAACUGACAAUAUCGAACCUGACUCUACCACUUCUGCUGGAAGCUUGUUCCACACAGCUACCACUCCCUGAGUAAAGAAGUUCCCCCUCAUGUUACCCCUAAACUUUUACCCCUUAGCUCUCAACUCACGUCCUCUUGUUUGAAUCUUCCCUAUCUCAAUGGAAAAAGCUUAUCCACGUCAACUCUAUCUAUCCCCCUCAUAAUUUUAAAUACCUCUAUCAAGUCCCCCCUCAACCUUCUAUGCUCCAAAGAAUAAAGACCUAACUUGCUCAACCUUUCUCUGUAACUUAGGUGCUGAAACCCAGGUAACAUUCUAGUAAAUCUUCUCUGUACUCUCUCUACUUUGUUAACAUCUUUCCUAUAAUUCAGUGACCAGAACUGUACACAAUUCUCCAAAUUUGGCCUUGUACAAUUUUAACAUUACAUUCAACGCCUAUACUCAAUGCUCUGAUUUAUAAAGGUCAGCAUACCAAAAGCUUUCUUCACCACCCUAUCCACAUGAGAUUCCACCUUCAGGGAACUAUGCACCAUUAUUCCUAGAUCACUCUGUUCUACUGCAUUCUUCAAUGCCCUACCAUUUACCAUGUAUGUCCUAUUUUGAUUAGUCCUACUAAAAUGUAGCACCUCACACUUAUCAGCAUUAAACUCCAUCUGUCAUCUUUCAGCCCACUCAUAUAACCGGUCUAAAUCUCUCUGCAAGCUUUGAAAACCUACUUCAUUUUCCACAACACCACCUAUUUUAGUAUCAUCUGCAUACUUACUAAUCCAAUUUACCACCCCAUCAUCCAGAUCAUUAAUGUAUAUGACAGAUAAUAUUGGACCCAGUACAGAUCCCUGAGGCACACCACUAGUCGCCAGCCUCCAUCCUGACAAACAGUUAUCCACCACUACUCUCUGGCAUCUCCCAUCCAGCCACUGUUGAAUCUGUUUUACUACUUCAAUAUUAAUACCUAAUGAUUGAACCUUCCUAACUACCCUUCCGUGUGGAACCUUGUCGAAGGCCUUACUGAAGUCCAUAUAGACAACAUCCACUGCUUUACUCUCGUCAACUUUCCUAGUAACCUCUUAAAAAAAAUUCAGUAAGAUUUGUCAAACAUGACCUUCCACACACAAAUCCAUGUUGACUGUUCCUAAUCGGACCCUGUCUAUCCAGAUAAUUAUAUAUACCAUCUCUAAGAAUACUUUCCAUUAAUUUACCCACCACUGAAAUCAAACUUACAGGCCUAUAAUUGCUAGGUUUACUCUUAGAACCCUUUUUAAACAAUGGAACAACAUGAGCAAUACGCCAAUCCUCUGGCACCACCCUGGUUUCUAAUGACAUUUGAAAUAUUUCUGUCAGAGCCCCUGCUAUUUCUACACUAACUUCCCACAAGGUGCUAGGGAAUAUCCUGUCAGGACCUGGAGACUUACCCACUUUUAUAUUCCUUAAAAGCAUCAGGACUUCCUCGUCUUUAAUCGUUAUAGUUUCCAUAACUCCCCUACUUGUUCCCCUUACCUUACACAAUUCAAUAUCCUCCUCCUUAGUGAAUAUCGAAGAAAAGAAAUUGUUCAAAAUCUCACCCAUCUCUUUUGGCUCCACACAUAGCUGUCCACUCUGAUUCUCUAAAGGACCAAUUUUCUCCCUCACUAUACUUUUGCUAUUAAUAUAACCGUAGAAACCCUUUGGAUUUAUUUUCACCUUACUUUCCAAAGCAACCUCGUAUCUUAGCUUUUCUAAUUUCUUUCUUAAGAUUCUUUUUACAUUCUUUAUAUUCCUCGAGCAUCUCAUUUACUCCAUGCUGCUUAUAUUUAUUGUAGACUUGGUUUACAAACACUAACAAAGAUUACAGAAGUCAUGUCAGUCUUUGUGGAAGUGAGAUAUAUCAACUCCUGAACAAUGCAGAAGCAUAGUUGUCUGCUGCUAGCAGUGAAGAAGUAAAGUGAAAUGAAAGUGCCUUGUGCCAGCAUUUAGUAAUGCACCCUGAUAGCAGUAUUGAAUGUGAGUAUUCUUCAUGAGGUCAUGGCCCAAAGCUUGGUCUCCAAAGUGACAAUGGGCAGGAGUGGCCAUCUUGAGCCUCAGUUCUUAAGAUGGAGGAAACUUACUCAUGUUGCACCUGUUUGAAAUGACAGAUCCCAUGGUGUGAUUAUGCAGCAUUUGCCUUGUUGGUGUCAGGCUCACAAAUGUGUGACAAGUGAAAAUGUCCAGAUCUGAGGUCCACUGUAAUAUGAGUAUUGAUUAUGCAAAAUAAUAUUAAAAAUCUGAAUUAAUAUAUAGCAAAUAAAAAUAGAAAUGGUGGCUCUCUCAAUUGCUGGCAGUUUCUUCUCUCAUCAUCUACAAGAUCGGUAAAGGUAACACAGAUUUAAAAUAGAAUGACCAACGAAGAGAGACAGAAAAGUCACUUAGUAAGUUGUCAUGUGGAAUCCAUUGCUUGUGAGGGUGGUGAAAGUAGUUUUGGAAGUGAUGUAGAAUAAAGAAAGAAUAGCACUAAUUUGAUUUGUUCUCUCAAACCUGAUGAGCCAAAUAGCAUUCAGCAUUGAAUUUUUUGAAUUCCUACAGAAUUUGUUAAUUUUCCUUUAGUGAAAGUGCUGUCAUCUGACCUGUUGUCAUAUAUAUUAGCUCUCAUGCAGAGUCUAAAAAUAGAUUUUGCCUGUCCAUAAACAGAUCUAAUAGGGGUGCCCCUUGUAAAUUCAAAGCUCUAACUUAAACCUAGUGCAACCAGAGGACAGUAUUUCUUGGAAUAAUGGAAUAGUUUGUGUGAAUAUUUUAGGGCAUGACUGAAUAAUUCACUCUUAUGUGAUAGUUUCACAGAUGAAUAUUUUAACAGAAAAUGUCAUACAUUUCUUUGUUGAGUCAGUCCCUAUCAGAAGCAAACACGCAUCCUAUCAUUUCAUGAUAUUUUACAAAAUACCAAGCCAGUUUUUUCUUGUUUCAUUAACUUCAGUUGAAAUUUAUCCGUUUAUAUUCCAGUCUAUGUAAAGAUAUGAGAUUAGCUCAUUCAGCCCUUGAUCUUUACUGAUAAUUUCCGUCAGCACCAUUUUCCAUACCAAUCCCGUACCUUUUUAAUUCCUGCAAAUCUAACUUUUAAAAAAAUCUUGAAUGCCCUCAGUGACUGAGCCUCCACUGCUCUCCUGGAUGAGGAAUUUCUAAGUGACUAAUCUGUGGGUAAAGAAAAUUCUUCUUAUCUGCCCUGAAUAGCUGAUUCCUGAUUUGGAUCCUGUGACCCCUGGUUCUAGACAUGCCAGCCAGGGGAGGUCUGAUCCUGCAUCAAAGCUGUCAAAUUGUGUCUACUACAAUGAGAUAAAUUUUCAUCCUUUUCACAAAACUCAGAGAGCAGAGGCUCAGUGCACAUAUGAUAUUCUCAUGCAAUAGGAGAGAAAUAAGUGGGCAGUUAUUUUAUCUGAGUACUCUCUUAGCUGCUCAGUGUGGGCUAGAGUCCAUUCUAAGUAUGUGCUGAAAGUUUUCCCCUUCCCAAGCUUCACUAAGGUCCCCAAAGGAAUGUCUUUUUUUUGGGGUCGUUACAACCCAAUGCCUGAUGGAUACAGAUUCAAGGCACCAAUCCAUCUAUUCCAAAAUUCAAGAUGAUGGGUGGAAUAAUUUUUUUUUAAAUAGCAUUAUUGAUACAAAAUAGAGCCUUUUGUUAUAAAAAUAUUGUGGAAUGUGAGAGGGAUAUUAGGCUGUUAACCCUUAUAAACAUUGCCUGCUGUGAACUCGCCCUUGAAAGCUUGUCCAGUAAGGCCACAGGCUAUCAGCAUUGCACCACUUGAUGAAUUGUUAUUGAGCAUAUUUUCUAAAACUAUAGAUGUUUCUGUACAGAAUCUUUUUAAAAUCAGGCUGAUUUUUCUGAGGUACACGUGGCCAUGUUUGAUGAUGUAAGCGGGUAUGUGCUAAACACCGCGUUCCUGGCUGAUUUUGUCAAGGGUGGGGAACUGAAAGGUUUAACCUUACAAGUUAACGUAUUAACCAUUCCUUUCAUGCAGCAGCUUUUCUUUUUUAAUGUUGGUGUUCUGAUUUGGAAUCUAGGUGUUCAGUUGCGUGAUGUACAAUGUCUAUUCUGCCAAUCCUCUUCCCACCCAUCUCCCCCAUCACCAUGUCAAACCAUUUGUCUAUGCAGUGUUCUCGUUACGGCAACGUCUUUGUUCUUAGGAAGCAAUGUAUGAAUUUUGUUUUGAUUGUUAUGAGUGAUUUUUAUUAUCCAUAAUAAAAUUGAAACAAAUGUGA